GCGCCGCUGCGGCACGGCCGGUCCCGGCGGCGGCCUCUCCCGGUGCGCGUGUCCCACACGGAUUCGGGGUCCUGGCACCAGAUCGCUGCAGAAAGCGGCAGGAUUUUUCUCUGAUCGAGCAGACAGUUCAGCGUAGAGUCCAAGGAUGAAUGUUCACCGUGGCAGUGAGAGUGACAGGUUGUUACGGCAGGAGGCCAGCUGCCUGAUGGAUGAAACCUCAGCUGCAGCCCAAGAAAAAGAAACAAAUAGCCUGACUUCUUCUGGCCUUCAAAAUCUUACCUACCCUCUAGGUCCCAGGAAUGAUGACCUUUCACCUGACUACGCCUCUCAGCCAGCAAAUCUUCAGCUCCCUCACAUAAUGCCACUUCCCGAAGACAUCAAGGGCUCUUGCUUCCAAGGUGGGAAUAAACGGAACCAUGAACCCUUUACUGCAGAACGAUUUGGAAACAGUACCGCAGGCUUUGGCAGUAACCUUCAUUCCCAGGCACCAGAGAAAGUGACACUUCUUGUAGAUGGCACACGUUUUGUGGUGAAUCCACAAAUUUUUACUGCUCAUCCGGAUACCAUGUUGGGAAGGAUGUUUGGACCAGGAAGAGAGUACAACUUCACACGGCCCAACGAGAAGGGGGAGUAUGAGAUUGCCGAAGGAAUCAGCGCGACAGUCUUUCGAACAGUGCUGGAUUAUUACAAAACUGGUAUCAUCAAUUGUCCUGAUGGCAUCUCUAUCCCAGACCUUAGAGAUACGUGUGAUUAUCUCUGCAUUAACUUUGACUUCAACACUAUCCGAUGUCAGGAUCUGAGUGCUUUACUGCAUGAACUGUCUAAUGACGGGGCUCACAAGCAGUUUGAUCACUACCUCGAAGAACUGAUCCUGCCCAUCAUGGUGGGCUGCGCCAAGAAAGGGGAGCGAGAAUGCCACAUCGUUGUGCUGACGGAUGAGGAUUCUGUGGACUGGGAUGAAGACCACCCCCCACCCAUGGGGGAGGAGUAUUCCCAAAUUCUUUAUAGCUCCAAGCUCUACAGAUUCUUCAAAUACAUUGAGAAUCGGGAUGUUGCUAAAACAGUGUUAAAGGAACGGGGCCUAAAAAACAUUCGCAUUGGAAUUGAAGGUUACCCUACCUGUAAAGAAAAAAUUAAGAGAAGACCUGGUGGUCGAUCUGAAGUAAUCUAUAAUUAUGUGCAGCGACCCUUUAUCCAGAUGUCAUGGGAAAAGGAAGAAGGAAAGAGUCGCCAUGUGGAUUUCCAGUGUGUUCGAAGUAAAUCUCUCACUAAUCUGGUAGCUGCUGGAGAAGAUGUCUUGGAGGACCAGGAAAUACUUAUGCAUCACCCACCCCAAGUGGAUGAACUUGAUCGGCUAAAUGCCCCACUUUCUCAGAUGGCUUCUAAUGACUUUCAGGAUUAGGGCCAGCUAUGGGUCCACCCCUCUUCGAAGUUUUUCUCUGGGCUGAAAGCCAAUCCUUCCCAUGAGAAAGAGACAUGCUUCUUCCCCAUCCUUUCCCUUUCUCCCAUAAUUAACAUGCAUCCUUUUCAGUAUAUUUGCACCUCCGGCAGAGGAGGAAAAAGCUCACUGGUAAUAAGCUACCAGCUUUGCAGCAGCCCUGGUAACUUGAAAAUUUAGUUUUGGUGCUGUUCACUGAGUCUUUGCAUAACUGCAAAAGCCGAAAAGGAAGUCAAGACUCCUGUUGCCUCAUAUUCAGCAAAGCAGUUCUCAUCCUUUAUUUGUUCUUGGCUUUUGUGUGUUUUGCUUUAUACCAGGCACAUUGCUUAGCAGCGAAGGGACCAAACUUAAAAGGAGACAAUCUGUCUUCUCCAAACAGGCACUAAUGGCAUACUCAUUAGAGGUUAAUGAAGGUGCCAUUCCUGGCGGCAUCUGUGCCCAGACUGCAUCAGGGAAGAACUAGGCUCUCAUUCAAAAUAUCUAAAAGGAAAUGAGGUGUUUAAAUUCAGUUUCAUUUUUCACUAAUGCAAUGAACAAUCCAAAAGAUGAAACCUUAGUUUCAUGGUGUUUGAGCCAAAAUUGAUUAUCCAUUUUGAAGGAGACUCACAACUAAAGUAGAACCUCGAAGUCAGGCCACUUCAAUGAUCCUGGCUUGGAGGCUGGUGUGGAGCCAUGGAUCUUCACCCUAGAACAGCAUGUUGCUGUGGGUGUGGCUGGGAGACCUUAGAUACAACUUACAGGCUUUCAAGAUGAGGGCAAAAUUUCUCACAAGGGCCGUUUCUCAGUAGGAACACUUGCAAGCGCUCCAGUGAGGGAGCAUCACCUGCCUGGGCUUGGUGCCAGUACAGGGUUUUUCUUUGUAUAUUCUUUUCAUAUUUAAUGGAGUUUUUUUGGAUAUCAGGAUAUUUUAAUUUUUGAAAUAGCCUAUGAGUUGCUCACACUAGAUGAGAAACCAUACUAAUGUCACCCCAAAAGGAAGAAUGAGUUGAAGGAAAAUCAGACCUAGUAAUUGUGUUUGCUCUGUCAGCUGUGUGUUCGUCGUGUAUGACGACUCAUCACUCUCCCCACACUGAGCCACCUUCCCCAAAGUCCCCACGGCUAGAGCCAAAUGUGUCAUGAGUUUGUCUCCCUUUUUGUAAUACAGGUUGGCCUCCCAAUCACCUACCCAGAAUAUUUACUCAUCACAGGUUACAAAGAGGCACAUGGUUUCCUUCAAGUUCUUUUAAGAUAGGAACGUGACCAGUUAAAUUCCAUUCCCAUACCAUGCUGUAGUUGAUUGUUUUAUAACUGUGUCAGUCACGGUCCUCCAAAGGUGAAGUCGGAUGGGUGUUGAAAGCUGCUCUUUCCAGACUUAAAGAACAAGAAUGUCUUGUGUUCUCUGUGCAUGGGGUCAGCAUCACAGUGGAAAUCAAUGCUCUGUCCCUGACUCUGAGAAAGCAUCUGGGUUUAAAUUGAACCAUCCCCCUUUUACAGUCAUGAUUACCAUCUGUUUGUAAGGGUGAUGGCCAGGAUUUAGGGUGAGAGUUAUUUUGUGGCCAGAGGGUAGUUUUAUUAUUUCCAUGAAACUUGGUUCAUACUUGAGGUCAAGGUUGGCUGUGAUCUUACUAGUAAACAUUCAUGCCCCUUGGUAGUUGACCAGCCCAGUAAUUGUUUAAUGGUGCUUCUCUAACACUUCAGUUAGAUGACUUUUCCUUGUCAUCGCAAAGGAAAUUUGCAUUGACUGUGUAGCGUGUUACACAUAACUUCUGUUCAACAACUAUCAUUUAUUGUCAACCUGCUGCAGCUGAUACUCCCAUUUACCUAGUCCUUGUUUAGGUAGAAAGCCACAUAUGAAAGUAUGACAUGUACUUAACACUUUUUCCUGUGUAAAUGAUUCAUUUACUCUGGCUUUCAAGAACUAGAUCCUUUUUUCCCCAAAUUGGCUUCAUACACUUUUAGCCCCAGCCCUAUGGAAAAUCUUUGGAGGUAAAUCUGCCAGUGUCACCAAGUGGACUGCCAGUGACGACUGAGGAAAAAGCUGGGCUGUCAGGCUGCUUCAGCUGGAGCCCAGCAUCACUGAUUUGUGGCCCCCCUCAGUCAUAGCUGCUCUUGUUCCCACGGUCAGUUACUGGCCACCUGGGCAAGAAGUGUUUCUAAUAAAAAAGGUGGGACUCAGGUUUGGUAUUUUUUCUAAGUGCCUAAAUAAGUAAGCCAGGUGGUUUAUACAGUUAGAAUUUCAUAAGGAAAUGGUUUUACCCAGACUGUCUUACUCAGAGGUAUCUCAGCAAACCAAGAUGAACCUGAAUUUGAGCUUUAGAACCCAAGUCUAUCUGCAUCAUACCACGUAUGAGUAGGAAACAUUUGCCACUGAGGACUUAAAAUAGUGGGCAAGGAGACAGUGUUAAAAUGUGUCUGAUAAUGAUUUCUCCAAAGUAGAAAGGUAUUCAAAGAAUGAUAGCAAAAGGUAUAAAGAAGCUAGAAAGUAGCUGGACUUACUGCACACAAUAUGCAAUAGCCAGUAUUAUUUUGAACUAAAAUCGAAGAGAAUGGUGUGAUAUCUAAUGUAUACAGGUCUAUGAAAAUACUAUGAAAUAAGCCCAGCAAGGAUGAAUAUACUUGCAGGUAGUGUUCCAACAGGACCUUGUGUAAGUAAAAACAGAACACAGGCUUCAAUUCACACUGGCAAGGUGUGAUACGAUCCUUAUCAAAUGGAAAUGCAAAGUUAAGGAGAGGUUUGAGUACUUUAUUCAGUGCCGCCACUUGCCAUUACUCUGAAGUUGUUAAAAUGGGCUGAGUUCAGAAAGCAAACCCGAUGCCUUCGUGGGAGAUGGAGCGACAUCUAUGCUCUGAGUGGAACCACCUCUGCAGAACAUUUUCUCUUAAAGGCAAAAUGCCUUUAAUUUUGCCUCUGUACUUAAAGUUGCACAUGUUCACCUACCAGUGUUUACGAAAUCCUAUGUUUGGGAUGCUUUUUUUUAAUAAAAUAUUUUCAUUUGUGUCUUGUGGGUUUUUUUUUUGGG